CCAACGACUUCUUGCUACAGAACGAAACCACGAAGCAUCGCUCUCCCUUCUCUCCAAUUUCAUCAUCAGAAUCAAAAUUCUAUCUUCCCAUUUCAAGAAACCUUGUGUUUACUCGAAAAUGCGCGAUCCUUUUGAUACUCAACCGAAUCUCGUCCAAUCGAGCCGCCACUCCCCCGGCGAAUUUGCGCCUCCGGCGACGGCGGCGAUGCAACCGGGGACUGUAUUCACGGUCGGAAACGGCGAUGCUGGAUUUUGGAACCCUAGCUCGGAUUCAUCGAUCAGGCAUCAUUUGCAAAGGGAAUCUGAUAGAAAAGACAGAAUUGAAGAGAAUAAUUUGGCGAUGGAUCCAGAGCUCACGGAACUUCAAACGAGGUCACGGUUACAAGAAGAGGAAAUUAUGAUGCUUCGUAAACAAAUUGCUGAUGCAUGUGAACAAGAGCUACAGCUUUUGAAGGAAAAACAUGUGUUAGAGAGGCGGCUAUCUGAUUUACGAAUGGCACUCGAUGAAAAACAGGAAGAUGCCAUAGAGGAUGUUUUGAAGGACCUCAGCCACAGAAAAGUGUGUAUCCAAAAAAACAUGAGGCUGGCUCAUGAUUUACAAGUUGCAGAGGAGGAGGCAUAUGUUUUCACUUCUUCAUUGCUGAGCUUAUUAGCCGAAUAUAAUAUUCGCCUCCCUUUGUUGAAUGCCUCGGCAAUUACUAGUAGUACAAAGCGUCUAUAUCAGAAUUUGGAUUGGAAAAUCAGAUCUUUCGAUGCUAGUUUGGAUCAGGGGCAGCGCCUAUUAGGAAAUCAGCCCGGUGAUUUAAUAGCAAAUAUUGAUCGACAGCCUCCAAAAUUUUCGCAAAUUCAACUAUCGCAACCUCACCUGGAUUCAGGAAUGAGAAAUUUACACCAAUACAAUCAUCAUCCAGUCAAUCUCCAUGUAGAGUCGGCACCUGAUCAAUCAAGACUUACCGGAAACUAUGACAUGAUGGAUAUGAAGGGAGUAAAAGCUGGUACAAACCCUGAUUUGCAGUAUAGGGAGUUUCCUUCAAACACCUAUAGGGGACCUGGAGGUAAUGCUGUUCCUAAUUUCCGAGAGGAUAGCAACUCUGAUGCCGUAAACAGAAGAGAAGCAGCUGAACCCCAGUUUUAUAUCCCCACACCACAUGAAGGACAAACAUCUCCUGGUUCAGAAGGUGAGGUAUCUUUACCCGGUAUUGAGGGAUUUCAAAUCAUUGGUGAUGCUAAACCAGGAAAUACUCUGAGAGCAUGUGGCUUUCCCACAAAUGGAACAUCCCUUUGCAUCUUCCAGUGGGUUCGUCACUUUGAAAAUGGAACCAGGCAGUCAAUAGAAGGAGCCACGGUGCCAGAUUACGUCGUAACUGCCGAUGAUGUUGACACCUUUCUUGCUGUGGACUGCACACCAAUGGAUGACAGUGGUCGUCAGGGGGAACUGGUUCGUCUUUUUGCCAACAAUCAGAACAAAAUAACAUGUGAUCCUGACGUGCAGCACGAGAUUGGCACUUUUAUUUCUGCAGGGAGAGCAGUAUUUACAGUUUUCUUGUUGAUGGAUUCUUCAGAGUCAUGGGAGCAGGCGCUUCUUAUUCUGAAACAAACUGGCUAUCAAAUUAGAGUCAACAGUACGGACCAAGUGAUAAUGGAGGAAAAAUAUUCACCUGACUUCUAUGUCAAAGUUCCAAAUGGACAGUCAACCCAAUUUGUGUUAAUGUGCUCCGACGGAUCGAUUCUACCGUUCAGCACAAGCAGAACAGUGCAAGCAUACAACACAGAUGAUAUUCGAUUACGGGAUAUUAUUGUGUUGACCUUGAGACACUUCCAGGCCAAGGCUGUAGAUGGUAAAAGGAAAGGGAAAGCAUAGAAAAAUUCCUUCACAACAUAUUUUUCCAAGAUUUUUUUUGGAUAUUUCAUUUUUGUAGAAACGUUCCUGUGAGCAAUGUAUUAUUUAUCACGUAUUUAUACUUGUGUAAAUAGUUUUCUUGUCUCAAUAAGAGCAAUAUAUGUAAUAUUUUCUUUUCCUGGCUGAAUUCAAAGAGUUUUGUAAUAUACCUUAGCCAAAAUUGUGUAAACAUAUUCAUCUGUCCAAUCUCCAUCAUCCAUCAACAAAAAAAGUCUGCAUGGUAAUAUUAUCGAUUUCGUGGAACGUUUGUUUUA